AUGUCGCACAAGAAGCGUGUGUAUCCACAAACACAAUUGCAAUAUGCACAAGGCGCAGGACCUGGCAAUUCGCCCGUCAUGGCGCCCAACUAUCCGUCGCAAAUCGAGACGCCCGUGACCAACCAGCAACCGCAGUUUUUGACGCCAGCGCAGCAGCAAUUGCAACAGCAGCUACACCAACAAGUGGACCACGCAUCGCAGUCCAUGUCAGGCCUAAAUUUGCACAAUGUCCCAUUCAUGGACCCCAAUAUGGCGCAGAACGCUGGCGCAGGUGUUCCGCCACAACAGUUCAAUGAUCCCAACGCUCCGGGAGCGGCUAACGCCGCGAUGUACGGUCAGCAAGCAGGCCUCGCCUACGGGCAGCAGCAGCCAGUCUCAGUGGGCAGGCCCAUGAACCAGCUGUACCCGAUCGAUCUCUUGACAGAGUUGCCGCCUCCUGUAUCCGAUCUGGAAUUGCCUCCCCCACCGCUAAUGGUACCUCCUGAGAAAUUUGUGGUUCCUGUUGAAACCGCUAAUGCUUCCCCUGACUUUGUGCGCUGUACGUUGAAUGCGGUGCCCAAGACCAACUCGCUGUUGAAGAAAUCAAAAAUGCCGUUUGGCUUAGUGAUCAGGCCGUAUUUGAAGCUACAGGACUCUGACUGUUCAGUUCCUCUAAACACUGACGGACUGGUGGUCAGAUGUCGCCGGUGCCGCUCUUACAUCAAUCCUUUCGUGACUUUUGUCGAUGGAGGCCGCAGGUGGAGGUGUAAUUUCUGUAACUUGGCUAACGACGUACCAAUGGCUUUUGAUGCCUCGCAACAAGGCCUACCAGUGAACAGAUACGAGAGGAAUGAAAUGCAGCACGCUGUAGUUGAAUAUUUGGCUCCAAAAGAAUAUGCUGCCAGACAGCCACCACCUUCCUCUUAUGCUUUUGUGCUUGAUGUUUCUCAGAAUGCCAUAAAAAAUGGUUUAUUAGCUACUGCCGCGAGAACGUUACUUGAAACUUUGGAUUCUUUACCUAACCACGACCAAAGAACCAGGGUUACUAUUUUGGCCGUCGACAACUCGAUCCAUUAUUUUGCAAUUCCAUUGGAUGAAGAUAGUGACCAAAUUAAGAUGAUGGAUGUAGUAGACUUGGAUGAACCAUUCUUGCCCAUGCCAAGCUCCAUGUAUGUGUCAUUGCAAGACUGUAGAUCCAAUAUCGAAAAGCUCUUGAAUCAGUUACCCGAAAUUUUCCAGUACAACAUCAUGUCCAAGUUGGCCCUCGGACCUGCCCUAAAGGCGGCUUUCAACCUUAUCAAGGGCGUGGGUGGUAAAAUCAUAGUGGUAGCUUCAACUUUGCCUAAUUUGGGAGUUGGUAAGUUACAAAAGCGUAACGAAACAGGUGUAGCCAACACUCCAAAAGAGGCAUCGCAGCUGUUAAAUUGCCAGGACGCGUUCUACAAGAAUUUCACUAUCGACUGCAAUAAGAACCAAAUUACCAUCGAUUUGUUUUUAGCAACCGAAGACUACAUUGAUGUUGCGUCUCUAUCUAACCUCCCACGGUUCACAGGUGGACAAACACAUUUCUACCCAGGAUGGUCAGCUGCUAAGCUUACAGAUGUUACCAAAUUCACCAAGGAAUUCUCGAAGCACUUGACAAUGGAUUUGGCUAUGGAGGCUGUCAUGAGAGCUCGUGGUUCUUCUGGUUUGAGAAUGACCAGAUUCUACGGUCAUUUCUUCAACAGGUCAUCAGAUUUGUGUGCUUUCCCUACUUUCCCAAGAGAUCAAUCUUAUGUCUUUGAGGUAAGUAUAGACGAGCAGUUGGUGCGUGAUUACGCGUACUUACAAAUUGCUGUAUUGCUGUCUUUGAACACAGGGCAGCGUAGAAUUAGGGUUAUCACUCUAGCUAUUCCUACAACGGACUCCUUGGCAGAGACUUAUGCAUCUGCAGAUCAAUUGGCUAUGACAGCAUUUUUCUCCCAGAAAGCUGUCGAAAAGGCAUACACUAACUUAGAAGAAGCCAGAGAAUCCUUGAACAGAUCAGUACAAGAAAUUUUGGCCACUUACAAAAAAGAAAUUGUGGUUUCUAAUACCGCCGGAGGAGCUCCGUUAAGAUUAAGUGCCAACCUCAGAAUGUUUCCUCUAUUAAUGCAUUCUUUAACCAAGCAUAUGGCAUUCCGUGCUGGCCUGGUUCCAAGUGAUCACAGAGCGGCGGCACUCAACUUUUUGGAAUCUAGCCCGCUUCCUUAUGUGAUCAAGAACAUAUAUGCUAAAGUUUACUCUCUGCAUGAUAUGUCCGACGAAGCGGGAUUGCCAAGUGAGCAAGGUGGAAUUAUACUUCCCGAUCGCAUCAAUGCUACCUCUUCCCUACUAGAGCGUUACGGUUUAUACCUCAUCGACAACAGCACCGAACUCUUCUUAUGGGUUGGCGGGGAUGCUGUUAAUGAACUAAACAUGGAUGUUUUUGGCACCCCUGACAUUCUAGAAAUCCCAAUCGGCAAGCAAGAAUUGCCAGUGUUGGAGAACUCGGAGUUCAACAGUAGAGUGAGAAACAUAAUCUCGAAGAUUAGGGAGCACGAUGAUGUCAUCACAUACCAACCCUUGUACAUUGUUCGAGGUGCAUCGCUAAGUGAGCCAGUCAAUCACCCGUCCGCAAGAGAAGUGGCAACGUUAAGAUUGUGGGCUACCAGCACUUUAGUCGAGGACAAGAUCCUCAACAGCCAAUCAUACCGUGAAUUCUUGCAAAACAUGAAAACAAGAAUCAGCAAGUAG